UGUACUCACUCACAGGCAUGGCUGCUCAUCUCAACAUUCUUCUCCUCUUCAGUGGACUCAAAGGAGUUCACAGCAUAACUACAGUCAAUAAAGUGUCAGUAACAGCUGGAAAGUCUGUCUCCAUCCCAUGUCUCUAUGACUCCAGAUACAUGAACCAUGUGAAGUACUUGUGUGAAGGUUAUUAUUGGACCUCCUGCAGAUGUGCAGUAAAAACAAAUAAACCAGACCGUUCAGGAAAAUAUUCAAUCUUGGAUGACAAAAACCAGAAAAUAUUUACUGUGACUAUAAACCAGCUGACAAAAGAAAACACAGAUUACUGGUGUGUGGUGGAGAUUGAUAGAGGGCCGGAUCAUGGAAAAUAUUUUCAGCUGUCAGUGACCAGUGGUACCCCCAGUCUCUAUGUGGAUCAUCAGCAGAUUACAGGAUAUAUUGGAGAAAACAUAACCAUUAGAUGUCACCACAGUAACUCUGGAGGAAUGAAGUGGUGCAGGCUGGGCAGGAAGUGUGUGACAGGAUCAUCUGGAUCCAUAGAUGGAACAACAGUGACCACUCAUAUGACAGAGAAAAAUGUUUUCACAGUGACCAUGAGUGGACUAAAGCCAGAGGACAGUGGCUGGUAUUGGUGUGAUGAAGGAGACAUUCAGAUACCAGUACAUUUAACUGUUACUGAGAAACUGAUCACUACCACUACCGGUACUACUACCCGUAGUGUUACUGGAAAUGGACCAAUUACCACAUUAGAAAAUGAACAACACAGAGGUUCAUCUGACUUAAAGAUCCUCAUCAUCCCUCUGAGUGUGUUGAUCCUGAUUGUAAUCGUGGUUUUGUUCAUCUGGCUUAUAUUGAGAAACAAGCAGAGCAAAGCAGAGUCAUCAGCCACAGCAAUGGCUGGAGAGGAAGUAACAUACUCUGAAGUUAGAGUCAAGAAAAGAAGUUCAGCCAAGGUGAACGAGGACGCAAUAUCCACCAGUGUGGGGAAAAUGAUACAAAAAGCACCUGAGGAAGAAGGUGCAGAAGUUACAUACAGCACAGUAGCUAUUCACCACCAAAAUAUUUAAAUAGUAUAACUUUUUGUUUUAUUUUGUCUUUUUUAUCUGUACCUAUAUUACUAGUCGUUGUCAGAUUACUGUUUCAAUG